UCCGUGCAGCUACCUCAUUUUUCCAAGCUCACAAGAAAGCCCAUCAUAUAGGAAAUUUGACUGUUCACCUCAAAAUGGAGAAAACAACUCUGCUCUUGGCUUUUUUGCUUUAUAUGCUAAAUGCUACAGGAGCUGCAUUCUCAGUUGGUGGCGGUGUAGGUGUAGGUGUAGGUGUAGGUGUUGGCAUUGGCGUUGGUGUAGGCAGUGUUGGUGGCGGAGUUGGAGGUGGUGGUGUUUGGCUUGGUGGAGGUGGAGGUGGAGCAGGGUUCAAGAAUCCAAUUCCAUCAGCUGGUCCUGCUGACUCGAGGCUAACCGCGGCAUACGCUGCUCUCCAGGCUUGGAAAUCAGCAAUCACAGAUGAUCCACUGGGGAUUUUAAGUACUUGGGUUGGCUCAAAUGUGUGUUCUUACAAAGGGGUUUUUUGUUCAGAUUCCCAGGAUUACAUGGGCAAUCCAAUGGGUCCUGUCGUCGCAGGUAUAGAUCUUAACCAUGCAAAUCUUCGAGGCACCCUCGUUGAAGCACUUUCUUUACUCACAGACUUGUCACUCCUUCACCUGAACAGUAACAUGUUCGGUGGCAGAAUCCCCGAUUCUUUCAAAGAUCUCUCGUCUUUAACAGAGCUAGACCUCAGUAACAACCAGUUCUCUGGACCUUUUCCCACCACAAUUCUUCUCAUUCCCAACUUGCUCUACUUAGACCUCAGAUUUAACAGCUUCUCAGGUCCCAUUCCUGAGGAUCUCUUCAACAAGAAACUCGACGCAAUUUUUCUCAACAACAACCAGUUCGACGGUGAUCUUCCUGAAAAUCUGGGAAACUCUCCGGCGUCCGUUGUAAAUUUAGCUAACAACAGGUUGAGUGGCAACAUUCCAUUCAGCUUCGGCUACGCUGGAAUAAAGGAGAUUUUGUUCCUCAACAACCAACUAACUGGUUGCAUCCCUGAAGGAGUUGGCACGUGGACGGAUUUGCAAGUUCUUGACGUAAGUUUUAACUCGCUAAUGGGGCACUUGCCAGACUCCAUUUCUUGCCUAAGCGGUAUUGAAGUUCUCAACUUUGCACACAACAAGCUUUCAGGGGAGUUGCCGGACAUGGUCUGUGCACUGAGAAACUUGCUGAAUUUGACUGUCGCCUACAAUUUUUUUUCUGGAUUCAACCAGGAUUGCUCAAAACUGAGCAUUGGGUUUGAUUUUUCGUUAAAUUGCAUUCCUGGAGUGGUUAUGCAGAGGCCUCAGCCAGAGUGCUCGGCAGUUCCCGGAGGUGGAUUGAGUUGCCUUAGAAUUCCUUCAGCAAAGCCUCUCGUUUGUGGUACACUGUUUGGGGAUCGAAAGACUCCGACAAGUCCAGCUCCAAGCCCGUCACAUCAAUGAGUGAGGGCACAAAACAGGCUAGCUUUUAGCCUAGUGUGGGCUGUCACUCAUUAACUCUUCAGUGAAGUUAUGACCAGAGCUUCCAAAUUUGUUUAUUUCUAGCUCCAAUUGAAGAUGAAUUUCAAUUUACUUGCGCUGCUACUACAAGUUUUUCACAGGCAAUUGUUUCGAUUAGACUGUGAGAGAUAUGCGACUGUACUACUAGUAACAUAUACUAGUAAUAUUAUUAAUUAUUGGGUAAUAUAAUAUAUGUUGGAAUUCUUUAAUUA